AUGUCGCUCCGGUCAGAUGAUGACCAAGUUUUGAUUUUUUGUGAAAAUAUUUCAUUUGAACAUCAAGCGUCUGACCUAGACCGAAGGAUUCAAGGUUGCGAUUCAAAAUUGACGUCAUGUGUUUGUUGUUCCUGUCUUACCGUCACACGACCAUUAAGGGAUUUAUUGUGCGGAAUUAGCGGACCAUUCGGCCCCAGAGGUAGUUGUGUAUUACCUCCCAAUCAAACUUCUCUUCAUCCAUUCACGUCGUUGCUUCUUGAUUUGCUUGAAUUUCUUGAGAUAUUUAUAUUGUCAUUUUGUUCUGCAUAUUAUCAUUCUGGCAUCGACCUCAGCAAUCGAAAAAAGCAAAGAAUAUUGGCAGUUGUUGUAAUUAUGCUGGCUAACAACGGUGGUGGUGAUCGUGUUUUGAGCAAAACUUGCGGUCGUAGCAGCAUGAGUAUUCGCAGCAACGGUAAAUCGGCUAAGGGAAUGUGA